UACCAGAUAUCACCACCAUGGCUACUCUGGUGGUGUGUCUGAUGAUCCUUUUGGUUCUGUUCAUUUCCUUGGUGUUUAAGGUUGUGUUUGACACUGUCUUAUGUUACCUGCUGAUUCCCAGACGUAUCAGGAAAAUCAUGGAGAAGCAAGGUGUGCGUGGCCCCAAACCCCGGGGAAUAACUGGAAACAUCCACGAAAUGUUCAGUCUAAUCUCCCAAUCCACCUCCAAGGACAUGGAUACCAUCGACCAUGACAUCGUUGGACGGCUAUUACCGCAUUAUGUCAAAUGGUCUAAAUUAUAUGGGAAAAGAUUUAUAUAUUGGCAUGGGAUUGAGCCCAGGAUGUGUUUGACAGAUACUGAUUUGAUAAAAGAACUAAUGACCAAACACCAUCUGGUAACAGGCAAAUCAUGGCUGCAACAGCAAGGCUCAAAACAUUUUACUGGCAGAGGUUUGUUAAUGGCAAACGGCCAGGAUUGGUACCAUCAGCGCCGUAUAGUAGCUCCAGCAUUCAUGGGAGAUAAGCUCAAGAGUUAUUCUGCGCACAUGGUGGAAUGCACAAAGCAUAUGCUUCAAUCACUGCAAAAUGCAGUAGAAUCAGGCAAAACAGAGUUCGAAAUCGGAGAAUACAUGUCUAGACUUACUGCUGAUAUAAUCGCAAGAACCGAAUUCGAUAGCAGUUACGAUAAAGGAAAGCAAAUAUUCCAUCUUUUAACGUCUCUGCAACACCAUUGUGCUCAAGCAAGCAGGCACCUGUGCUUUCCAGGUAGCCGGUUCUUUCCAACCAAAUAUAACAGGGAAAUAAAGUCCCUGAAGAUGGAGGUAGAUAGAUUACUAUUGGAGAUUAUACAAAGCCGAAAAGAUUGUGUAGAAAUCGGUCGGAGCAGUUCAUAUGGGUCGGAUUUAUUAGGUAUCCUGCUUAAUGAGAUGGAAAAGAAGAGAGCAGACAAUUUUACUCUAAACCUACAGCUGAUAAUGGAUGAAUGCAAAACUUUCUUCUUUGCCGGCCAUGAAACUACGGCUCUUUUACUUACAUGGACUAUCAUGUUACUGGCCAGCGACCCUGAUUGGCAAGAAAAGGUUCGAGCGGAGGUGAAACAGGUCUGCAAUGGUGGAGUUCCCCCUGCUGAUCAACUCUCCAAACUAACUUUGCUAAACAUGGUUAUAAGUGAAUCAUUGAGGCUAUAUCCACCAGCUACUGUCCUGCCCCGAAUGGCUUUCAAAAACAUAAAAUUACGUGACCUCUUCAUUCCAAAGGGUCUAUCGAUAUGGAUACCGGUGCUGGCAAUACAUCACAGUGAAGAAUUAUGGGGAAAAGAUGUAAAUGAAUUCAAUCCUGAGAGGUUCAAUUCAAAAUCAUUUGCUUCUGGUCGGCAUUUCAUACCCUUUGCUGCUGGUUCUCGGAAUUGUAUUGGCCAAUCUUUUGCAAUGAUGGAAGCUAAGAUCAUACUAGCCAUGUUGAUCUCACGGUUUAGCUUCACAAUUUCUGAAAGUUAUCGCCAUGCUCCGGUCGUUGUCAUGACUAUAAAGCCUAAAUAUGGAGUCCAAGUGUAUUUGAAGCCAUUGGAUCCUUGAAGCAGGCUGACUUUGAAGUGGAAUCCUUUGAUUAGACAACUUAGUUUUGAUAAAAUACUGCAUUAUUUGUCCAUUGUUCCCCUUUUAGAGGAAGAGAUAGAGAUGGAAAUGGUCAUGCUUUUGCGAGGUUAUAUAUUUUUUAGAAAGCGGAAAGGGUGAAGAGAAUCCAACUUUGACCUUUAAUCUUCUGUUCCAUAGUUAACAAAUAUUAGAUUAAGCAUUAGUUGUUAUCAUGUUUAUCAAAAUAAAUUCUAUUUACUACCCAAAAAGGAUUAGUUCAAAUGAUAAAAAAAAAAAAAAAAAACAAAA